UUAAUCAUUGUCUAAGGGUAAACAUUUUGAAGUCAUAGAAUUAGCUUGGCACGACUCUAUAUAAAUUCAUUUGUUCCAGCUUCGCACACUUUUUGCAUCAAACAGUUCCAAUUCACUGUACAUAAAAGGUUAUUCAAUUCAAGAGGAUAUAUUGUGGAACAAUAGCCGGGAUUUUGGUUCUUUUUUUAAUCUUCAGUAAAAUCGUCCAGUUGCUGAAACAAGACAAGUUGACGCAGGUUGAAUACAAGCGAAAAAGGAAUGCUUUUGAAUAACACUUCAUUUGAGGAGACCGUUUCUCGAGGAAGUCGGGCUAUGGAAGGACCUGGAGAUGCAGUAUGGAUCCUAACAAGCGCUUUUAUUAUUUUUACAAUGAUUUCUGGAUUCGGUUUAGUCGAAUCGGGUAUGGUAUCGAGAAAAAACGAAGCCAACAUCAUGGUCAAAAACGCCAUCGAUGUCAUCUUCGGUGGCCUUGGAUUCUGGAUGUUUGGUUUUGCAUUUACCUUCGGGAAAGAAGAGGGUGGCACGAACGCCUUCUCUGGUUUUGGCAACUUCUUUACCGACGCAGACGAGUCGGAAAUGGGCGAGGUUUUCUCUCUGUACCUCUUCCAGGCAUCGUUUGCUACAACAGCAACGACAAUUGUAUCGGGCGCCGUCGCGGAGAGGAUGAAUCUAAAGGCAUACACAGCGUUUGCCUUCACCAAUACCAUCACAUAUUGUUUCCCAGCCCACUGGGUCUGGGGUGAUAAAGGAUGGCUGAAGGAGAUGGGUGUGGUCGAUAUGGGUGGGGCAAGCCCUGUUCAUCUGGUUGGUGGGGUAGCAGGGCUGGUUGCUACUCUUAUGCUGAAGCCAAGGACAGGAAGGUAUAUACUACGCUCGUCUAAGAAAGAAUGGAAUCAUAUCAUGGCUUCACCAACCAAUGUCCUGCUAGGGAUGUUUAUGUUGUGGUGGGGCUGGCUUGGUUUCAACUGUGGAAGUACAUUUGGUGUCAGCGGCGGGAAGUGGAAGCUCGCAUCUCGCUCUGCUGUCUGUACCCUGAAUGCUUCGUGUGGAGGAGGAGUGUUUGUAACCAUAUACAGCUACAUACUUUUCAACAGAUUGGAUAUUCCACUUUUUAUGUCCGGUAUUCUGGGAAGCCUGGUAAGCAUCACGGCAAUCUGUGGCGUAGUAAGACCUGGGGAGAGCAUCAUCAUUGGUAUAAUAGGCGCAGCUGUAGCUACAAUAGGAUGGCAGAUACUAGAACGCUUCGAAGUGGAUGAUCCAGUCGGCGCUAUAUCGAUACACGCAGGAGGGUCUAUAUGGGGAAUGAUAGCCGUCGGGAUGUUUGUAGAGCCCGAUCGACUCGAAGAGACCUUCUCGAAUACAUACGGCGCGUUCAAAGGAGGCAAUGUCAGAAUCCUUGGAAUUCAAGUCCUUGCAUGUGUUGUGAUUUCAGUUUGGACUGUUGUGACGGUAGGAAUACAGUUCUUUGUGAUCGACAAGCUGAUUGGACUGAGGCUGUCGAUGGAGGACGAGCUACUUGGAGCUGAUGAUCGAGAGCACGGGAUAACGUAUGAAGACAUCGAUUUGAAGGAAGAGCGCCCAAACUGUAGGUCAAGGAUGAGUAGACGAAACGUUGUCUCGCCACGAGUGAGCCUCAGCACGACCGAUGGGAGGCAAAUGAAAACAGGAAACGAAGACCUUACCGCCAGGCGCAAUACAGAGUCUUUCAAUGUAAAUACGAAUAGCCAAAGAGCAUGUCAUUCCAAAGAGACCGCUGAGCCACAAAACCACGACGAAGCGACUAAGAAUAACCACAGGGUCGACGUUCAUAAAAGCCAAGUUGAAUUACAGGAUGAGACUGAAGACGACAUCGAAGAUCAAAUCAUGCAAGUCACAGUAGCUGACAAGAAAAGCGAGAGCGUGUCUCGAUCGUCGAGAUCAAGAUUAAGGUCACAGUCUUUAGCCCUAACCGCACGCAUGCGCAAACCUCUGGUCACGAUAACUAUUACACCAGCAGAGUAAAACAAAAUCUCGUUCCAAGGUCCCUAAUUUCUUACUGCGCAUGCUCAACAAAAUAAUUCUCGUCGAGCAUGCGCAGUAAAAAAUAAAAAUUAUCGGAAAGAGCUUGAGUAAAAUGUAAAUUUAAAUGCCCUCUAAGAUAAAAACAAAAAGUUUUAAAUUUGCAUGUGGGGCAGUAGUGCGAUACAUUUCGAUCUUUUUAAUUGACGAAGAACUUAUUCUUGUCCCAUAUUUCUUUUUAGAAACUUUAUUGCAUUAUAAAUGUCAUUUUGCGUCCUCAGUAAAAAAGAAAAUGCUACUAAGGAGGUUGACAUGAUGUUCAAAUAUUGAAAAACAAAUUGGAAUACCGAAUAGGGUUAGCCGCCUCCUAUACAGUGGUCUUGACGUUGUCACGCAACAUUUCGUCGUUCGUGGGGAGAGAAACGUUGCGUGACGAUCCUAAGAACUCUAAAAUGCACGAGAAGUUCUCUUUUUCAAAUGUUUUCUUUUCCAAUGUAAAUAUUCUUAAAUCUCAAUUUUACCAAAAUGAACAAGCGCAACGGAAAUGUAAAUAAUUGUCAGAUUGUUGUAGCUUUACGUUAGGAGAAAUAUGAAAUAUAUCGAGCAUUCAGAAUGCAUUGUAAA